UCGAUCCUGGUAAAAAAAUCUGUCUGCUGAUGGUUUCACUUGUGCGGUUUAUAUUUUUCAACUAACGGCAUUGUGCAAAAUGCUACCGUAACAUAGUAUUGAAGCGAACGAAACGAAUUGUACAACGACGCAGUUUGGUGAACGAAAUUUGGAAAAACAUAAACGCUUCCGUUUUGCCGUAUGUGGGAGUUAUCCCCGAAAAUAAAAACGUUGUUUUCGAGUGAAAAGAAAUAUCGAUCAGUGAAGAAAAGUUGUACUGCUUGCCCGAAGGCGCCGGAGUUGAAAUAUGGAUAAGUGACAUUCCAAAGACUAACGAUGCGAUAAAAGUGCAUAAGAAAACAAAAAACAAAAAUAACCAAAACGUUCCAAUGCUUAGUCUGAUGCUUACCGGUGUAGUGUUGUUUGCCUACCUGUUUCUGCAAAACUGGUGGUCCAGACAGCGCAGCAUUGCGUCGGCGGACAAUAGUCCCCUCGAAGCAUCAGCGCCGCCCAAUUCCGUCACUAACAGAACCGAUCACGCUAAUUUCAGUGCCACCGGAAAUCGUGAAACAGCAGGCGAUAGCCGCGAUACAGAACCGCCCGUUUCCAGCAAGAACAUCCUCACCAACGGAAACGUAGCGGAAACCGAAGUCGCGAUCGAUGCCGUUGCGCAGCAGAUAAAACGCGUGUCAUUUUCCAAUGCGAACCACAUAUUCGAAGAUCCAGGUUCGUGCUCCAACAAGUUAGAUUCCAGUGCAAACAGUAGUGAUCCGUGCUUAGACUCAGUGAACGAUAAUACUAUCAGUGAGAACGGUAUGGAAUCCGGUGCGGGUGGUUCCGGUGGUGACCGGCCUAGUUUCAUCGUCGGUGAGGAUGGUCAGGAUGAAAUGGAAGCGAAGGACGAGUUCCCGCAAACCAUGGAGAAUGGUAUGCACCAUCACGUCGGGUAUGAAGUGAACCUGAACGAGAAACGACGGCGGCUUAGACCCAGUAUGUCCCAUGGCACCGGCCUUGGACUGGAAAGAGGACAUGAACGUGACUUCGUACUGUCCACCACUGAGGAGUUUGUGAAGAAAUUCAACGGAACACGUGUGAUCACCAAGGUUCUGAUUGCGAACAAUGGUAUCGCAGCGGUCAAAUGUAUGCGCUCGAUCCGCCGUUGGUCGUACGAGAUGUUCAAGAAUGAACGUGCGGUGCGUUUUGUCGUCAUGGUUACCCCGGAGGAUCUUAAGGCCAACGCGGAGUACAUCAAGAUGGCGGACCACUACGUUCCGGUUCCGGGCGGGUCGAACAACAACAACUAUGCCAAUGUGGAACUCAUCGUGGACAUUGCACUGCGAACCCAGGUGCAAGCCGUGUGGGCCGGUUGGGGACACGCUUCGGAGAAUCCGAAACUACCGGAGCUGUUGCACAAGAAGGGUUUGGUGUUUUUGGGACCACCCGACCGUGCCAUGUGGGCUCUCGGUGACAAGGUAGCGUCAUCGAUUGUGGCUCAAACGGCGGAUAUACCAACUUUACCGUGGUCCGGUUCGGAACUGAAAGCGCAGUACAGUGGGAAAAAGAUUAAGAUUUCCAGUGAGCUUUUUGCUCGUGGCUGUGUGACAACCUCGGAGCAGGGCUUAAUUGCGGCUGGCAAAAUCGGGUUUCCCGUUAUGAUCAAGGCAUCUGAAGGAGGUGGUGGAAAAGGUAUUCGGCGAGUAGAUACGGCCGAUGAAUUUCCGGUACUGUUUCGGCAGGUACAGGCUGAAGUGCCGGGAUCGCCGAUUUUCGUCAUGAAACUGGCCCGUGGAGCUAGGCACUUGGAAGUGCAACUGCUGGCCGAUCAGUACGGCAAUGCUAUCAGCUUGUUCGGACGAGACUGUUCGAUUCAGCGACGGCACCAGAAAAUUAUUGAGGAAGCCCCAGCCAUCAUUGCAGAACCGGAGGUCUUUGAGGACAUGGAAAAGGCAGCUGUGCGUCUGGCGAAAAUGGUUGGUUAUGUCAGCGCAGGUACUGUAGAGUAUCUGUACGAUGCGGAAGGAAGGUACUAUUUCCUGGAGCUAAAUCCACGUUUACAAGUGGAGCAUCCUUGCACGGAAAUGGUUGCCGAAGUGAACCUUCCCGCUUGUCAGUUACAAAUUGGAAUGGGUAUUCCUCUCUACCGUAUCAAGGAUAUCAGGUUGCUGUACGGAGAACAUCCGUGGGAUUCUACUGUGAUUGAUUUCGAUAAUCCAAACACGAAACCGCGUCCACGGGGACACGUGAUUGCUGCUCGUAUCACUUCGGAAAAUCCGGAUGAAGGUUUUAAACCUAGCUCGGGAACGGUGCAGGAGUUGAAUUUUCGUUCUAGCCAAAAUGUGUGGGGUUACUUCAGUGUGGCGGCUUCGGGAGGACUUCACGAAUUUGCUGAUUCUCAGUUCGGUCAUUGCUUCUCCUGGGGUGAGAACCGACAACAGGCGAGAGAGAAUUUGGUCAUCGCCCUGAAAGAGUUAUCCAUCCGGGGUGACUUCCGCACAACGGUUGAAUAUUUGAUAACACUGUUGGAAACAAAUAGUUUCCUGGAGAACACAAUCGACACGGCUUGGUUGGAUGCUUUGAUCGCAGAACGCGUUCAAUCGGAUAAACCGGAUAUAAUUCUUGGUGUCAUCUGUGGUGCUUUACAUAUUGCCGAUCGAAAGAUCACAGAAGCGUUCACUAGUUUUAAAACGUCGAUGGAGAAGGGACAAAUUCAAGCAGCCAAUACCUUAACCAACGUAAUCGACGUUGAGUUAAUUGCUGAGGGCAUUCGGUACAAAGUGCAAGCGGCUAAAAGUGGUCAAAAUACCUACUUUUUAGUGAUGAACGGUUCGUUUAAGGAAGUCGAAGUUCAUAGAUUGUCGGACGGUGGAAUACUACUGUCACUGGAUGGGUCAAGCUGUACGACAUACAUGAAGGAAGAAGUGGACCGAUACAGAAUUGUUAUUGGAAAUCAAACCUGUGUGUUCGAUAAAGAAAACGAUCCAUCAUUGUUGCGAAGCCCUUCUGCUGGUAAGUUGAUCAAUUUACUUAUCGAAGAUGGAGCACAUGUUAACAAAGGCCAGCCUUACGCGGAGAUUGAGGUAAUGAAAAUGGUUAUGACUUUAACUGCUGGAGAAACCGGAACGGUGACAUUCGUUCGACGCCCAGGAGCUGUGUUGGAUGCCGGUUCUCUACUAGGACAUCUAGAGUUGGACGAUCCGUCGCUAGUGAUAAAAGCGCAACCUUACAAGAAUCCUUGGCCUCUGAUGACUGGGGAUAAUGUUCAAGUUCCAGAAAAGUUAAACCGGGUACAUUUCACCUACAAAUCGAUUCUCGAAAAUACGCUUUCUGGAUAUUGUUUGCCUGAUCCCUACAAUGCUCCAAGAUUACGAGAGAUCAUUGAAAAAUUCAUGCAGAGCUUACGAGACCCGUCUCUUCCGUUGCUAGAACUGCAAGAAGUAAUCGCCUCGAUUUCCGGCCGCAUUCCUAUAUCGGUAGAGAAAAAGAUUCGGAAACUGAUGCAGCUCUAUGAACGUAACAUUACCAGUGUUCUUGCCCAGUUCCCCUCGCAACAGAUCGCUUCCGUCAUUGAUAUGCAUGCGGCAACACUGCAAAAACGCACCGAUCGUGACGUUUUCUUCCUUACUACUCAGGGAAUCGUCCAACUUGUGCAACGCUAUCGCAAUGGAAUCCGUGGUCGUAUGAAGGCAGCUGUACAUGAACUUCUUCGACAAUAUUACGCAGUGGAAUGCCAGUUUCAGCAUGGCCACUACGACAAAUGUGUCGGUGCCAUUCGGGAAAAGCACAAAGAUACUAUGGACACCGUUGUGAGUACCAUUUUCUCGCACAGUCAGGUGGCAAAGAAAAAUCUUCUGGUAACAUUGUUAAUCGAUCAUCUCUGGGCCAAUGAACCGGGACUUACGGAUGAACUGGCUGCCACGUUGAGCGAACUAACGUCUUUGAAUAGGGCAGAACAUUCCCGGGUUGCUUUGCGAGCUCGGCAGGUUCUGAUCGCUGCUCAUCAGCCUGCUUACGAAUUACGCCACAACCAGAUGGAAUCGAUUUUCCUCUCUGCAGUCGACAUGUACGGACACGAUUUCCAUCCGGAAAAUUUGCAGCGUUUGAUUCUUUCCGAGACAUCGAUCUUCGACAUUCUGCACGAUUUCUUCUACCACUCGAAUCGAGCCGUGUGUAAUGCCGCCCUGGAAGUUUACGUUCGUCGAGCCUACACCUCGUACGAUCUGACCUGUUUGCAACAUCUGGAGCUGUCUGGAGAAGUACCGCUGGUGCACUUCCAAUUUCUACUGCCCACAGCUCAUCCCAAUCGAUACAGGCAUUUGUCGGAUGGAACCGAAUGUGAUACGAUUGCCGAUUCGUUCAUGCGUACUGGCUGUAUGGCUGCAUUCGAUUCAUUUGAACACUUUGGACAGUACUCGGAUGAAAUUCUUGACUUACUGGAAGACUUUGCUUCGCCUGCGUUUGUAAAUCCGAAGGUUUUGGAGGCGGUUGAUGGCGGAGACUCGGAACGACGAAUGAGUACCUCCAUAAACGUUUCAAUUUCGGAUUCCAUUCCUCGCGUCGAGGGCUCGGAUGGAACUGUUGUUAAUCCCACUGAAGCCAUUCAUAUUUUGAGCAUUGCCCUUCGGGACAUGGGUGACAUGGAUGAUUUACAGAUGGAACAAGUGUUUGGUUCUUUCUGUGCUCAACAUCGCGAAGAACUAAUAAGUCGUCGCGUGAGAAGAAUUACGUUUGCGGCACUGAAAAAGCGUCAGUUCCCCAAAUUCUUCACCUACCGCUCCCGGGACAACUUCGAAGAGGAUCGCAUCUACCGUCAUCUGGAGCCAGCAUGCGCGUUCCAAUUGGAACUGAACCGUAUGCGCACCUACGACCUGGAGGCGCUACCGACGGCGAAUCAAAAGAUGCACCUGUAUUUGGGACGCGCCAAAGUACCCAAGGGUCAAGAAGUGACCGACUUCCGUUUCUUCAUACGUUCCAUCAUUCGUCAUUCGGAUCUGAUCACGAAGGAAGCCUCGUUCGAGUAUCUACAGAACGAAGGCGAACGUGUCCUGCUCGAAUCGAUGGAUGAGCUGGAAGUGGCGUUCUCACACCCGCAGGCAAAACGAACGGAUUGCAAUCACAUUUUCUUGAACUUCGUGCCCACCGUCAUAAUGGAUCCCGCGAAAAUCGAAGAGUCUGUGACGAAAAUGGUUAUGCGAUACGGUCCACGUCUAUGGAAGCUCCGCGUGCUACAAGCAGAACUGAAAAUGGUCAUCCGUCAGACCACUCAAUCCCCAACUACCUCAGUGCGCCUUUGUAUAGCAAACGAUUCAGGAUACUUUUUAGAUAUAGCAAUGUACACCGAAGUGACCGAUCCAGAAACGAAUGUCAUUAAGUUUAUGGCGUACGGCAAUCGACAAGGACCCUUGCACGGGUUACCGAUUUCGUCUCCUUACAUGACCAAAGAUUACCUACAGCAGAAGCGUUUCCAGGCUCAAUCCAACGGAACGACCUAUGUGUACGAUAUUCCGGAUAUGUUCCGACAGAUGACAGAACGUCUCUGGAAGGAAUUUUCGAAAGCUAGACCAAACGAGGACAUUAGAAUCCCUGAGAAGAUUCUGCUGGUUUGUAAUGAACUGGUGAUGAAAGGCGAUACGUUGGAGGAAAUCCAACGGCUACCGGGAGAAAAUAACGUCGGAAUGGUGGCAUGGCGAAUUGUUCUGGCUACUCCCGAGUUUCCCAAUGGCCGAGAAAUUAUUGUGAUUGCUAAUGACCUGACCUAUUUCAUCGGUUCCUUUGGACCUCAGGAAGAUCUACUGUUUUGCAAGGCUUCCGAGUUGUCCAGGCAAAGAAAAUGUCCCCGGAUUUACAUUUCUGUCAACAGUGGAGCUCGUAUCGGUUUGGCUGAAGAAGUGAAGUCGCUCUUCAAUGUCGCAUGGGAAGAUCCCGACGAGCCGGAAAAGGGAUUCAAAUAUCUCUACCUGACCACCGACGAUUACAGCAAGAUCGCAAAUACGAAUUCGGUGCGUGCCAUUUUGAUUGAAGACGAAGGUGAGCCACGAUACAAAAUCACAGAUAUAAUUGGAAAAACCGACGGAUUGGGAGUGGAGAAUCUCCGUUAUGCUGGUAUGAUAGCCGGCGAGACUUCCCGGGCAUAUGAAGAUGUAGUCACUAUUUCGAUGGUCACCUGCCGAACGAUUGGCAUCGGAUCGUAUCUGGUGCGUUUGGGUCAACGAGUUAUUCAGAUUGAAAACUCUCAUAUCAUCCUAACUGGAUUCGCUGCUUUGAACAAGCUGCUUGGCAGAAAGGUUUACGCUUCUAACAAUCAGCUAGGCGGUAUUCAAAUUAUGCACAACAAUGGAGUGACGCACAAAACGGAGGCACUUGAUUUAGAUGGCGUUUACACGAUACUAUAUUGGCUAUCCUACAUUCCUGACGUACGUGGUGGUACUCUGCCGAUUGUAUCGGCAAGUGAUUCUAUUGAUCGCCCGAUCGAUUUUAUGCCUACCAAAGCACCGUACGAUCCACGCUGGAUGCUCGCCGGUCGCGUGAAUCCAUCGAACCCAUCCGAAUGGGAGACGGGUUUCUUCGAUCGCGGUACUUGGUCGGAAAUCAUGGAACCAUGGGCACAAACCGUAGUCGUUGGUCGAGCCAAACUCGGUGGUAUUCCAGUCGGUGUGAUAGCCGUGGAAACGCGAUCGGUAGAACUGACAAUCCCAGCAGAUCCGGCUAAUUUGGAUUCGGAAGCGAAAACAUUCCAACAGGCAGGUCAAGUAUGGUUCCCAGAUUCUUCGUACAAAACGUCGCAAGCUAUCAAAGACUUCGGUCGUGAGGAGUUACCUUUGAUCAUCUUAGCUAAUUGGAGAGGAUUUUCCGGUGGACAGAAAGAUAUGUACGAACAGGUUGUGAAAUUCGGAGCAUACAUCGUCGAUGGACUGAGGGAAUACAAACAGCCUGUUAUCAUAUACCUACCGCCGAAUGCCGAACUUCGUGGUGGAGCUUGGGCUGUAUUGGAUCCCACAAUUAAUCCACGAUACAUGGAAACGUACGCUGAUCCAGAAUCUCGCGCUGGUGUCUUGGAACCAGAGGGUAUCGUUGAGGUAAAGUUCAAGGAUAAAGAUCUCAUCAAAAGUAUUCAGCGGUUGGAUCCGGUUGUACAAGAAUUGAAACAGAAGUCCGCUGAAGCUGCAGGAAAUAAGGAAGCGCAAAGCGAACUUGAAAAUCAAAUCAAAAUGCGAAUCAAUUCUUUGCUUCACGUGUACCAUACCGUAGCGGUACAUUUUGCCGAUCUACACGAUACUCCCGAGCGUAUGCUCGAGAAGGGCUGCAUUAGUGAAAUCGUGCCCUGGCGCAGCUCACGCACCUACAUGUAUUGGCGACUCAGGCGGCUGCUGCUGGAGGAGUAUUUCAUCAAGCAAAUUUUGGAUGCCCAGGAUAGCUUAUCGGUCGGUCAGGCAAAAUCGAUGCUGCGUCGGUGGUUUGUGGAAGAUAAAGGGGCCACGGAGGCUUACUUGUGGGAAAAUAACGAGCCAGUCGUGGAUUGGUUGGAGAACCAGAAACAGUGUGAUUCAACCGUCUCUAGGAACAUCUACGCCGUGAAGAAGGAUGCAAUAAUUUCUCACAUCCAAACAGCACUUGAGGAAUGCCCUGAAGCAGCGCUGGAUGCCGUUGUUGGCCUGUGUCAGGCCCUCUCACCUGCCCAGCGUGGUGAAGUGGUAAAAACGCUUUCGCAACUAGAGUUCGCUGAAAAAGAGCACGCCAGCUUGGGAUGACCAAUGUUAGGUUGUAAGUAGCCGUACUCCAGGAGUCAGUAACCGGUAGCAGCAACUGUCGCUGUCACAAAAGGUUUAAACGAAGGACAUAGACAAUUCUCAAAAAAUCCCGAGCAAUAUAACAUCAUUUCACUUCUCUUUGUGACCAACUGUUAAAAAAAAUUAUAUAAGUACGUUUUGUUUAGAAUCAGUCAGUUGUCUUCCGAUCGGGAUUGCUUAUGUUUGUAAAAUGUAACAAAAAACAAAAGAAAAAUCGUUCACAUUUCGAAGCAAAAUUUAAUGUGAAUUAAAACAAAGACGUGUUCUAAUGGUGACUGUCAGAAUUGUAAUUAGUUGUAACUCAUAAAUUUACAGAGACGUGGAUUAGGAAAUCUGAUAUUGCCACAAUAGUGUUAUUAUUAUUUAUUGUUGGUUAUAAUUGGGUUAUAAUAAAUCGGGUUGUUCUCGUCAGUAAACCCAUUAAGGCAAAUGAAAGGUUUAUAUAAAAAAAAACAUUCAAAUCAUCAAAUGAACAAACAAUCGCAUGUUUUACUAGUUCUAUCUUACUUUAUUUUUGUUUUUCUAUGCUAGAAAAUUACAGCUUGAACAAUAAUGCCAAGGAUACCGGGUAACAUUUAUACACAUUAAGAUUGUGUUAACUCUUGUGAAGGGUUAGCGGUGUAGAUAUGACAACGAUACAAAUCAAAGUUAAAAUAAUUCAACAAGUUAGACAAAAAAGGGACGUAACGCAUUAGAUGCAUUUAGUGUAUACUGUUUGAACAGUAUCAUAAGCAAAGUGCCCGAUUCAAAGGAAACAACUAGUGCAACGCAUCACUCAAUCUUCUGUUAUUGUACAAAAUAAAUGGAAACGUGGAAGUAAAAAAAUAA